CGAAUCUUGCGGUAACAAGUACUUAUGUCAGAUUUUCCGAAGUGAUGAAGCCCUGCGGUGUUCUCGAACUGCAAAACUUCGGUCACACUGCAAAGGUGUGGAAAUCUUAGUUUCCACAAAACGAGCAAAUAUUUGCAUUUUUCAAGCCCCAAAUUGGCUAAUUAGAGUUCUCAUCGGAUCGAGUUUGCCACCGAACCCCCGAAACGGAAGUGGCUGCUUAAUGUUUGUUGUGGUGCCAGCCGCCGAGCGAAAAGUGUGACGGGCGUCGAUGAGGACGCGCUAAUUUACGGGUGUGCCAAGUUGGAGAUAAUUUUCAAUUGCGCCCGACCAUGCCGCUGCCCAAACGAUCGAUAGAACCCGUGCAUGUGGCCCGCUCCGUGUACCAGCAGGAUGAGCUGCAGUCCGUGGAGCUGGAGACGGUCACCAACACCACGCUGACGAACAUCAUACGCCAGCUGUCUUCGCUGUCCAAGCACGCAGAGGAUGUGUUCGGUGAACUGGCCCGCGACGUGGGCAACAUCGGAGAUCGGGCAAACUCGCUGCAGGCGCGCAUUGACCGCCUAGCCAUCAAAGUGACCCAGCUGGACAGCACAGUUGAGGAGGUGCCCUUAACGGACAUUACCCGAAAGAAGGCCUUCAAGUCGGCCAAGGUGUUCGACCAGCAGAUCUUUUCACGCGCCACCAUGCCGGCGCCCAUGAUGGACACAUAUGCUCAGUGCGACAAGCCGCCGCCUCUGGACAAGCUCAACGUCUAUCGAGACGAUGGCAAGGAUGGUCUUAAGUUCUACACGGAUCCCAACUACUUCUUUGAGUUGUGGCGACAGGAGAUGCUGAAGGACACUGAACGUGUGAUGCACGACAAGGGCAAAAAGCUAAACAGACCGCGGCAGGAAGGUGGAGCCGGCGGAGCGGCUGGACGUGGCAAUAAGAAACAGAAGACCAAAAUCAGGGUGCCGCACAAUACGCGCGAACAGCAGCGACAACGUGCACUGGUGCACGGCGAGACAUUGAUGCCCAACAACGUCAUUUACCGCACACCGAAUUCCAUGGUCAACGAAGAAGCCGGAUACGGAAAUAUGGGAGUGUACGAUACACGUCCGCCUCGUCCUAACUCGAUCGAAUUGAACCGAAGCUAUCAGUCGGAACAGAUCGAUGGUAGCACCUACGAACAGCUCCCUCCCCAGAUGGGCAAUCAGUAUGCUGCCACCUUCGGCAACGGCAUGGGUGGCCCUCAGCAGAUGCACAUGCAGCAUCAGCAGAUGUAUGACGCCGGGUUGUAUCAGUCGCAUGCGCUGUACGGCCAAACUGGACAGGGUGUGAUGUCGCCGGAACCCAUCUACGGACCGGGAACACCGUCGCGUAACAAGCCGCGUCCCUCACAGCCGCCACCGGCUCCGCCGUCGAAUGGCAGCGGUGGUGGUACGCCCACAGCUUCCAACGCCAACACUCCGACAAGGGGCAGAAGUAUGUCGACCAGUCGGGAUGCAUUGCCUCCGCCUCCACCAGUUCCAGACGUCAUUUCACCAAUGUCCGGCAUGAACGGAGUCAACAGCGGGCACAUGGCGGCCAAACUGCUUGGCCGGGCAAACAGUUCGUCGGGAGCUGGAUCUCCGCAGAUGACUCCCAACAGCGUCCAGAAUGCCAAUGAAAUGGUCAUUACGCAGCUGAGCACUACUUUCCACAGCAUCGGGAUGGCGGGCAAUCAACUGAACUCCCUUAGCGACUUGCCGCCACCACCGCCGGUUCCAGACCAGCACUCGCCUAAGAUGUCGCCACCUAAUGCCGCGCCACCACCGCCGCCGCCACCGCCUCCAGUAGAGGAAGGCAUGGGUAGUGGAAACCAACACACGCUGCUGCGCCCGCAUCAAAUUCUUCCCAAAUCUUUGGGCAAUGGCGAAAUGCAGCCCGGCCAACAAAAUGGUGUGCCCCACAUUGUUGCACCCAAGAAAAUGCUGCCUCCAUUCCAUGACCCACGCAACGAUUUGAUGAAGGCCAUUCGAGAUGGUAUUACUCUACGCAAAGUCGAAAAGUCGGAGCAGAAGGAAAUUGAACGAAACGCGGCGCCAUUGGAUGUGGCUUCAAUCUUGGCCAGACGUGUGGCUAUUGAAUUAUCCGAGUCUGAGGAUUCGGAUAGCGAGGACGACAGCGAGGGCUGGAUGGAACCUACUGAAACAUCGGCUUGAUCCCUGAUUAACUCGUUAAAGCCUGACCUAAUUCUAAAAAACAAAAAGAAAAAGUAAUUCCAAAGAGAAUUAAUCCAUACGAUGGUCUUAACCAAGCGUGGUAUAAAAUUGGAUUACACAAAAGCACCAAAGCUUUUCUACCACCCUUUAUACAAUAUAAACCUAAUCCUAAAUAAUAUGUCUAAAAUCAAAAAUGUAAUAGAAUUGUAUAUACACCAACGAGUAAUUAUCGUUAAAUUAAUCGCUUUAGUGAACGCAUUUGCAUUUUAAGCCUAGACGACAAUCCAUAGAUCGCGAUUUAAAGACAUGCUUGUUUUUUCGCUUCUUUGGAGUCAAGGUCUAAAAAGAUAUGGGCUUCUGUAUCAUAGUAGUCGGUGUUUGGAUAUUAAAUUAUAAAUAAUCGAUAUUACCAUUGAACUCAAUAUUAAACAUUUAUCCAAAUGAAAAUUUAGAAUUUUGUAAAUACAAAUACAUUAAAAUAUCGAACUCCCGUAGCAUUUCAAUAUACUCAACAAGCUAUGAAUUUGUAUUAUCCAUGUGAAAGUUAAAUACCUGUAUAAUUAAUAAAAUAUGUUUCACGAAUAUAAGCAGCCAUGGAUGUGUGGUUAAGUAAGCAAACGUGGAUGUAUGUAAUUUUUCUUUACACAAACUAAAAUAUAUAAUA